GACUGUAGAGUGAACAUCAUGGGAGACAUUUACCGAGGGUCCCACUGCCCUGCAGCAGACUCACAGACGGAUGCAGAGGGGAGGAGUGUCGAGGUGUGUGCUGUGUGUUUGGAGGAGGGACUCCUUCAGUUAGAGAAGUGAGGCGUCACAAGUUCCUGGUUUCCAGUGAAGAAGAAGAGAGGCAGCAGUAAACCAUCAGAGCCUCAUCAUGAAAGUCCAUCACACUCUGAUCUGCUUCUUCUUCCUUUCUCUGCAGGAUGGAAACGCUGAAGUCACCAAAGCUCAGAUGCUUUUUUAUGGAGUCUUUGGAGGAAAUUACACAAUUAAAUGUUUCUUUUCUUCAUCGGGAACAUGGAAGAUAUUCUGCAAAGAUGACUGUAAAGGACAAAAUAUUCUCAUUGAAACAACUGAUGUCAGGGAUGAAACAGGCAGAUACAGCAUUGAAUAUUACUUUGAUUAUGAUGCCCGUUAUUAUGUUUUAUCUGUGAGCAUCUGCAAGCUGACCGAGUCUGACUCUGGACAGUACAGCUGUGGUUUGGGUGGAUCUUUGUCAUCAGUGUCGUACAUUCAUUUAAGAAUCAUUGUUGUUGAUGCACUGCUGGGUGGAAACGAUGAUCCUGCUCAGCUGAAACACUUCUAUAAAGAAACUGGAAGCUCUCUCACAGUCGGAUGUUCCUUUACAGACUCUGGAGGACAUAAGUACUUCUGCAGGGGAGAAUGUGAAGGAAACAACAUUCUUCUUCAAACCUACGAUGUCAGAGCUCAGCUCGGCAGAUACAUCAUUGAAUAUUCAUCAGGAGUUCUGUAUGUGAGCAUCACACAGCUGACCAAGUCUGACUCAGGACGGUACAGAUGUUACCUGAGUGGUUCAUUCAGAGACUUUGAGGUUACUGUCACAGAUGCAGCCAUCCCAUCAGCCUCAUUACCUUUGACUACAACCACUGAGCUGUCUGAGAGACCAACAUCCACAGGUGUGCUGCUGUAUGGGAUCAUCUGUCUGCUCACCUUUCUCAUCCUCUCAUCACUGGCUGUUCUAAUAAUCUGCAUUAAGAUGACCAACACAGGUUUGAGGACCAGAGGAAACUCAGAGGGCACAAACAUGGAGGACGUCCACUACGAGAACUGUACUCCAGGUUCUACACGUGAAGACUCGACCUACCAGAGCCUCCAUCCAGCCGCCAGGGACCAGGACUAGACCUACUCCACACUCACACACCACACAUGAGACUCUCUGGAUUCACACCUGCGUUUAUUUCCUGAUUCCAGCGUUUCACCGACAUUUUCAAUGUUUAAAAAAAAAUCAUACAUUAAACAAAAAUGAAAGAAGUAACCUGAAGCUUUCUAAAUCUGUACAACAGUGACAGUGAUGGUUUUACUGGAAAAAAACUUCCUUUCAGUGAAAACCAUGAAUCAGUUUCAACACAGACACAAAAGCUGUUUCACAAGAAACAUCAGUCCUCUGACACCUCACUGCAAACAUGUGCUUCCUAUCUCACCUAUAAUUACAUGUUUUACUUUGUAACCAUUAAAGAAAUCCUUGAGGAUUCAGGUCUCUGCAGAACAGCAGUGGAGACAAAAUUGAGUUUUUCCUUCCCACUGUCACUAUGUGUUUGCUGAUUGUUGGGGUUUACUCAUCUCAUAAAACGAGCAGCAACUGCAAAGCUGAUAGCAGAAUUUAUCAAAUUAGCAUCUUUUCAGCCAUUUUACAUUUUGGAGGAAAAAGGUUUCAAACUCAUCCAGGCCUUAAAGCUCACGUGUUCUCCCUGGUAGUAAUAAAUGGAUAAAAUAAAGCUUUAUGAAGACAAUGAAUGAAAAUAGCUUCCUUGAAAAAGACUAAAGUUCCAGUUCACUAUUGAAUAUUACAUCAAAUAAACUGUAUACAAAGUGUCUUUGAAUGGCAGAGAUGCAGAAACGUGUGCACAGAGCCAUGACUCAGAGUCUAAAUGAGUCUCACAGGCCUGAAUGUGCUUGAAGCCAUUUAUAAUUAUAAUUUAUAAUUUAUAAUUUGUUUGAUCUGCUGCUCACCACAAACAAGCACAAGCAGGAAUUCUGUACUUAACUGUAUUUUCAUAAGUUACAGUUUGUUCUACUGAUAAAACCCUUGUUUAUGGAUCCUCAUCGUACAAAGAGAGAUGUACUCCAGAGGGAGAACAGCUGGUUUACAGGAUGUUCCGUCAGAUCUGUUAUUUAAAUACAGACAUGUGUGUUACAGGUACUGUGUGGCAGUACCCGUGGACAGCUGUAUAUGAGCCAUAUAUAUAUGAUUAGACAGUUUAAUACUUAUGAACUCUUUUGUUACUUUACAGUAUUACACCUGUUUAUUUCUAUUAUAUAUCUCAGACAUACGUGUUCUGUUACCAGAUAGACAAAGACAAUCAACAUAUUCCACUGUCAUGGAAAAUUUCUUAUGAAACUUGAAUGCUAAAACAUGAAUCUUAAAUAUUCCAAAACAACAGUGUAAUCAGCUCAAUCUUGAUAUGUGCACUGAAUUUAAGUAAACACCUUAUGGCAGAAAACAAGUGACAAAAACAACAGACUACAAAGUUGGAGCCGGUCAGUAAACAAGUAUUUACAAAAAUCUAAUAUCCCAGACAAGGUACCGGGUCUGUACCUAAAACUAGUUAAUUUAGAGCAUUUUCAAAUAUAAAUCAGUGACAUCAAUGUGAUCACACAUUAGUGGGUAUCAGUUCAAUUCAAUUUUAUGUGCACAAAUCACGACAACAGCCGCCUCAAGGUACUUUAUACUGUAAGGUAGACCCUACAAUACCCUGUAACACAUAUCAUGUGUGGUAUCCACUGAAAUGUCAGAAUCUCACCUAAAAGUUCACAAAACCAUUUCAAUAACAGCUGAAACAGCCAACAAUUAACAGGUAGAUAGAUUCUGCAAAAAAGAUGGACCCUCGUUAACCUGACAGCACGAACACACCAACAGGUGCUGAAAGCAGACAUAAACUAAAACUGCAGGUUUCAUCACUGUGACCAAAACUCACUGAACCAGCAGCAAAAAAAGACCAAAACUACGCUUCACAUUUUAAAACAUUGUCAUGAAUUCUCUCUGACUUUGACUGUUUUGCUUCCACCAUGAUUCCUGCACACAUCUCUCUCUCUCUGUGCUUCAAGAACAGUCAAUUCUGCAUUAUUCGCUUGCUUAUUAUGCACCAGGCUGCCGCUGUGUACAGUGCUGUCAGCAGCUGUUAAGGAAGCUUAACUUCUGCUAUUCAGUACUGAAGAAAUUUCAACUUUCACAAAUUCUGCCAAACUGCAAAACGCUCAGCUCUAAGAAAACCUUAAAUGUUUUUUCACGUUUUUUACUGUCUAAUAAAGAAAUUUCUGUGUUUUUGUUUUUUGUUUUUUUUCCAGAAGUAAAGUGAAAAACUGGACAGUCGAGGAUGAGCUACAGAACUUUUUCUGUGAUUUCACACAUUUAUUAAACUUACAGUUGAAGUCCAAAGAGUCG